AUGGAAGUCCCAAAAUCAACACUCCAUCCACGAAUUAAGGAAGGUAAAAUUAGGCCUCAUUCAAAUGCUCUUAAGCCGUACCUUUCUGAUGAACAUAAGAUAGCAAGGUUGCACUUUUGUCUUUCCAUGCUUGAGCCAAAUAGUCUUCAAACCCAGCCAUUGUUCAAGGAUAUGUACAAUUAUGUUCACAUAGAUAAGAAGUGGUUUUAUAUGACCAAAGAAUCGGAAAGGUAUUAUCUACUUCCCGAAGAAGAUCAACCACAUAGAACUUGCAAAAACAAACGAUUCAUCACAAAGGUUAUGUUUUUAGCUGCGGUAGCUCGACCACGAUUCGGUGCUAAUGGAGGCGAAGAGUUUUCGGGUAAGAUAGGUAUUUUUCCAUUCACAUUCAAAGAACCAGCCAAACGAACAAGUAAAAAUCGUGUGGCCGGUACAAUGGAGACAAAGGCAAUUGCAACGGUGACUAAAGAUGUUAUUCGCUCGUGUUUGAUUGACAAAGUUAUACCUGCUAUUCAAUCAAAAUGGCCUCGGUCUAGCGUGGGUGAAACUAUUUAUAUUCAACAAGAUAAUGCAAGGCCCCACAUCCAACCAUCUGAUGCUCAGUUUCGUGACGUCGCAACAAAGAAUGGAUUUGAUAUUCGUUUAUCAUUUCAACCCCCAAAUAGUCCAGACUUGAAUGUUCUUGAUCUCGGAUUUUUUACAGCAAUUCAAUCCUUGCAAUAUCAAGAGGCGCCUAGAACAAUCGAUGAACUUUUGAAUGCCGUGGAAAAAUCUUUUGAUAAAUUACCAUUGCACGAUCUCGAUUCUGUUUUUUUAUCUCUACAAGCUUGUAUGGUUGAAGUGAUGAAGGUUAAUGGGGGGAAUAAUUACAAAUUGCCGCACAUUAAGAAACCCCAAUUAAUGAGAGAUGGUGUUCUUCCUUCUCAUCUUGAAUGUGGCCAAGAUGUUGUGGAGAAUGUGCUAAUUCAUCUACAGAAUCAAGUUUGA